AUUGUGAAAAUGUCAAAGUCACGUAAAAUUUGAAAACAGACUUAUUUUUGUGAUGCGAAGUUGAUGAAAAUUUUGUGUCCGAAGUAAAUAAAUGUUCUUAGUGUAGUUUAUUCAGAAUUGAAGGAUUAUAAAAUGCUUAUUUGGCAACAAUUGUACCAGUAGUAGCACCAGAUAUAUUUUAAUUUUUAAAACCUAACCUUGCGAUGGCCUUUGCCAGAUUCAUUGGUAAAACCUGCGGCUUUAUAGGAUACGCUUUACAAACAGCUUGCAUUACCCAUUGUGCAUUCGAAUAUGUAGGAGACUUUGUUAUGUGCUCCGGACCAUCAAUGGAACCAACUCUGCAAACCAAUAACAUACUAUUCACUGAACAUAUAUCUCCUCGGUUUCAACGGCUACGGCGUGGAGACAUUGUGAUAUCUAGGAGCCCUUCAAACCCAAAACAGAAUAUCUGUAAGAGAAUAAAGGCCCUUCCUGGUGAUCGUGUUAGAGGCAGCUUCCCGAGGCGCAGCCAGGUAGUACCAAGAGGUCAUGUAUGGUUAGAAGGUGAUAAUUCUAGUAAUUCUGCAGACUCAAGAGUAUAUGGCCCUGUGCCUGAAGGCUUGAUUAGAAGUAGAGUUGUUUGUCGAGUUUGGCCACUAGAUAAGAUUGCUUUAAUGACUGAACCAAAUUAAACCUGGUUGACUAGA